AGCAGCUGUGCCUGCUGUCGAGCUGUCAGGAGUUCAUUAUUAUGACUUGUUUACAUGUUGGAAAUAAAUCACUGCACUGGCUUUGGAAUCAAACAGACGACGUCACGCGUGAUUUAGCCAAUCAGCAGCGCGGAGUAUCGCUCUCACCUGUCCUCGUAAACAGGUAACAAACAUCGAGACAACAUUCCUGCGCGCGACAGGCUUUACACUUUCACAAACAUCCUUAGCCUCGUGUGUAUUUCGAUGCCUUUCAGACUUGUUUUGUGUUAUAUUAUGUUUGUUUAUGAGCUGACGUGUAGCGACUGACGGAUUUUAUAGUCGAGCCAGGCUAUAAACACAUCGAAAUGGACUACUUCAUUUAUAUUAUUGCUUUAUCUAUAUAACAUUUCAUAUUUGAAACAUUUUGGGGAGCAAAUAGGAAAGAAAACAACAAGCGAACAAACGUAUAAGGAUUUCUGUCAGACAAGCCCAAGCGAAGGGAGCAUCAUCUCUUCAGCGAUCCUUUCGCCAUGGAUAUUUAACUGGCACCUGAGCCUGACGGAUUGACUUCACAUCUAUAAUAUCCUGAUGAAAAUUAUGAAGAUGAAAUCAGCUAUGCUCCAGAUGAUCGCGAUGUGCCUAGCGCUCCGUUCACCUGCGCGCGCUCAGACGCAGGAAGGGAAACCUGAAGUUGGAGUGUGUACAGGCACUCAGAAUUUGCUGAGUGUGACGGGAAGCUCUGAGGUCCAAUACAAACUCAUGAAGGAAAUGUACACAGGUUGCCAGAUUGUCAUAGGAAACCUGGAGAUCACACAGAUGGAGCACAACCGCGAUUUCUCAUUCCUACAGUCUAUCCGUGAGGUAACCGGCUACAUCCUCAUCGCUAUAAACCAGUUCAGACGUUUACCGCUGGAGCAGCUGCGGGUUAUACGGGGAACGUCUCUGUAUGAAGAUAAAUUCGCCCUCGCUGUCCUUGUCAACUAUCAGAAAGACGGAGUGUAUGGACUGAGGGAGCUGGGCCUCACACACUUGACAGAGAUCCUGGAGGGUGGCGUGCAGAUCAUCCAGAAUAAAUUCUUGAGCUACGCACCGCAGAUUAACUGGCAAGACAUUGUGAAAAACAGUGGAGCAGAAGUCAUCAUACAAGACAAUGGACCAGAAGUUCCCUGUCAUGAGUCUUGCGGGGGUCCAUGUUGGGGUCCAGGAAAUGACACCUGUCAAAUCUUGACUAAGACAGUGUGCGCACUGCAAUGUAACGUGCGCUGUUUUGGACGCAGCCCGAGUGAGUGUUGCCAUAAUGAGUGUGCCGGCGGCUGCACCGGACCCCUCGACACCGACUGCUUUGCCUGCAGAAACUUCAACAACUCGGGCUCGUGUGUGUCGCAGUGUCCAAGGGCUGAUAUUUACAACAAAGUGACAUUCAAAAUGGAGCCCAAUCCUAACGCCAAAUACCAGUUUGGCUCCAUGUGUGUGUCACAUUGCCCUCCUAAUUUUGUUGUAGAUGGCAGUUCGUGUGUUAGCAGCUGUCCAGCAGACAAGAUGGAGGUGGAUAAAACAGGGGUGAAAAGGUGUGAGAAGUGUGAAGGCCUCUGUCCUAAAGCCUGUGUUGGCACCGGCACCGGCACCGCCUCCAGACAGACAGUAGAUUCCCAAAACAUCGACAGCUUCAUAAACUGCACCAAGAUUCAGGGCAGCCUGCACUUCCUUGUCACAGGAAUUAAAGGAGACAGUUAUAAUAACAUCAGUGCUCUGGAUCCAAAGAAACUUAAGAUCUUCAACACUGUCCGAGAGAUCACAGACAUUCUGAGUAUUCAAUCUUGGCCUGAAGAGCUGGAAGAUCUUUCUGUUUUCUCCAAUCUAGCAACAAUACAGGGAAGAACACUGUAUAGAGGAGUGAGCUCUAAGAGGGGUUAUUCUCUUUUGGUAAUGAAGAUCCCAACGCUGAAGUCUCUGGGCCUUCGCUCUCUGAAGCGAAUCAGUGAUGGAGGGAUCUACAUCACAGGAAACACACAGCUCUGUUAUCAUCACACUGUGAACUGGACGCGUUUGUUCGGCAGCGGUCCGCGAGCCCUGCGCCGCCAAAAAUCACUGGACAUCAAGGAGAAUCGCCCUCAGGAGCAAUGCAAGUUAGAAGGCCAUGUGUGUGACCCACUGUGCUCCUCUGAGGGAUGCUGGGGUCCGGGACCCGAUCAGUGUUUGUCCUGCAAGAACUUCAGAAGAGGAGGAACAUGUGUACCAGACUGCAACUUCAUGUCCGGUGAGCAGCGUGAGUUCGCAGGCCCUAAAAACGAGUGUAUGGCUUGUCAUCAGGAGUGUGCGCUUCAAGACAGCGGAGACACCUGCAAAGGACCGGGCUCUGAUGAGUGCAAAGCGUGUGCUCAUCUGCAGGACGGCCCGUACUGUGUGUCCUCCUGUCCAGAGGGAGUUCAGGGGGAAAAUGGACUCAUCAUUUAUAAGUUCCCUAAUAGACAAAACAAAUGCCAACCUUGUCAUGCCAACUGCACCUUGGGGUGUUUGGGUCCGGGUCAGAAUGACUGUGUGGACUCGUCCAGGUCCAGCGCUGGGCUGCCGGUCACCGCCAUCGUGCUGAGCGUCAUAUUCUGUGUCCUGCUCGCGUUUUCGGUGUUUGUGCUGAGUGUGCUUUACCGCAGGAGUCUCUCCAUCCGCAGAAAACGAGCCAUGAGGAGAUACCUGCAGAGCGGAGAGAGCUUUGAACCGCUGGAACCCGGAGAGAAAGGUGUGAAAGUUCAUGCUCGGAUUCUGAGAACUUCUGAAUUGAAGAAGAUCAAGCUUCUGGGCUCUGGAGUGUUCGGGACGGUUCACAAGGGCAUCUGGAUACCAGAGGGAGACACGGUGAAGAUUCCCGUGGCCAUCAAGACUAUUCAGGACCGCACGGGGCGACAGACCUUUCAGGAAAUUACUGAUCACAUGUUGGCAAUGGGUAGUCUGGAUCACGCGUAUAUUGUCCGCAUCCUGGGCAUCUGUCCGGGUGCCAGUCUGCAGCUGGUCACUCAGCUCAGUCCACAGGGCUCUUUACUGGAUCACAUCCGCCAGCGCAGGGACAACCUGAACCCGCAGAGGCUGCUGAACUGGUGUGUGCAGAUCGCCAAGGGCAUGUACUAUCUGGAGGAGCAGAGGAUGGUGCACAGAAACCUGGCUGCCCGAAAUAUUCUGCUCAAGAGUGAUUUAAUUGUUCAGAUAGCCGAUUAUGGCAUCGCUGACCUGCUCUAUCCUGAUGAAAAGAAAUACUUCUUCAAUGAAAUUAAGACUCCUAUAAAGUGGAUGGCCCUUGAGAGCAUCUUGUUCCGCAGAUACACUCAUCAGAGUGAUGUAUGGAGCUACGGUGUGACGGUCUGGGAAAUGAUGUCAUACGGGGCAGAGCCUUACUCUGCGAUGCGACCGCAGGAUGUUCCUGAUCUGUUAGAGAAAGGAGAACGACUCUCUCAGCCUCAAAUCUGCACCAUUGACGUCUACAUGGUCAUGGUCAAAUGCUGGAUGAUUGAUGAAAAUGUACGUCCAACUUUUAAAGAGCUGGCCAAUGAAUUCACCCGAAUGGCUCGAGACCCACACCGUUACCUGGUCAUCAAAGAGGAAGACAGAGCCCCAGACUCAGCCUCAGAUGAGACUCAUCAGAAUGGUACUGAAAUAGACAUUCUCGGGGUGGCACUGGAGGACCAGGAUGAUGAAGUCUUGGAGGAUGCCAUAGAUGCUCCACGCUAUAUAACACCAUCUAGAAGCUUCUCUAGACUGCGUAUAGAUUCUCAUCGGUCAAGUUUGACUCCAUCCACUACUGCUGGAUAUCUACCUAUGACUCCGGGUCUGGAGAGCUCUGUACAGACUGGAUGGGCGUCUCGGUCCCGUCUGGACUCAGCGUGCACUGUUUCUGAGAGCUCGGAGGGACGAGGAGCGCUGGAACUGGAAAUGAAUGACGACUUCUCAUCCGUUGGCAGUCUAAGGAGGGUCAGACAUCGUGAAGACAGUGCUUACAUGUCACAGCGGGACAGUCUUUCAGGACCACCAGAAACAACCUCCACAGGAACUCAAGGAGAAGAAGACCAGAAUGAAUAUGUGCUGCCUGGAUUCGGUGAAAGCCCAGAGAAAGAAACUCUUCUGUUCACAUCAUCACGUUCAACGCUUUCUCAAAAGAGACUCUCGAGAGGUCAUUCUGGAGACUUUCUGGAAGCCAACAGAGGUGCUGGUGAAGAAUACGAGUACAUGAACAACCAGACGCUCUCUCUCAGCCACAUACCAGGACAGCUAAAAGAGUACAAUCAACGAGCGCCACGAAACCGCAGCGCCUCCUUUAACCCUGGCGGGAUGUACAGCAACCACAAACCCAGCAGACCUAGUAAGAGGUCAUCGAUCGAGGGCUCGGAAAGCAGCGGAGGACUCUCUCAAUCCUCAACUGACCAGAGGAGUCACAGCGAUGGAGAUUUCCUCUCCAGUGAAGCAGAAUACACAGAUGGGGAUCUGGAGGUGGAGUACGAGUACAUGGACAUCCGUGGUGCAGGAGGACCAGCAGCAAACAUGCUGCUCAAACUUCACCUCCCGAGACCCGUUUCCAAUCCUCCUCUCAGAAGAUCUCCAGAAGAUGAUGAUGAAGAUGAAGAUUAUCAGUACAGCAACCAUCAGCCCCGGUUGAGAAACUCGCUCAGAGUGCAGGGCGGUGGAGGAGAAGCGUAUGAAUAUGAGGAUAUGGACUCACUGGCUGCAGGCGGAGCUUCGGGAGCUGAAUAUCAGAAUCUGGAUGGAGAAGAUGAGGAAAGGGAUGAAGAUUGGUCUGGAGGACCUCGUAGCCCGGGACCGUAUGUACAGGUGCACGCUGGGACCAAUCAUAAUGCUUUUGAUAACCCUGAUUAUUGGCACAGCAGAUCAUUUCAUAAAACUAAAGCUGUCCGCACGUAGAAACGGAAACAGCUUGAAGGAACUUCAUGCAAAUGAUCAAAUGUUCUGGAUGGUUUUCAGAAAUGCACUUCAUACUGCUAUGAGUCCAGGGGAAAAAAACUGAUGCGAUGUAUUUUGAUGUAAAUUGUAUUGUUGUUGUAAAAUAAUGGGGCAUUAAAAGGUUAGUAGUGCUGUUAAAAUCAACAGUGUGAAAUCAAAAUGGACAAUGUUUAUUUUGCUAGCGCAUAUUGUUAUUCCAACCUGAUCUCACGAGGAAACGUAACUAUUUUACGUUGUGUCAGUUUAGUAGCUAAUUCGUACAAGUUCAGUCUUAUGAAAAUGUACGAUUUUAAAAAGAAGCCCACCCCUAAACCCAACCAUCAUUGGGGGAUCAGCAAAUCGUACUCAAUUGUAUGAAAAACGAUUUUAUACAAAUUAGCCGCUAAAUCAAUAAGUUAUGAAUUGGCGUGAGAUAGCGUUAAUCCAAUGCAUUUGGAGUGAUGGUGCUUCUGUUGACGUCAGGUCAACCACUCACACAUUAUUUUUAACCAUGCCCCAUUUGCAAUUUAUAUAAGGGAAUGAUGCGCAAAAUGUAAGCCCCGCCCCCUUUUCAAUAGUCCUUUUAAGUUGAAAGUACAUCAACUUCCGGUACGCGCAGACUUUAAACGAGUAAUCGUGACUUAUCGCAUACAAAGCUAAAUUUGCAAGUGUGAUUAUUAUGAAUAUAUAAAUACAUCUAUGCGUAUCUACAUGUAUAGAAAAUGUUUGUUUAUAUUUAGAUUAUUAUAACCCAAAAUUAUAUAUCAUGCUAGAAUAUAUGAAAAUUAGUAUAUACACAUGCAUAUGAGUACAUUUGUAUUGUCACGUAAGUGUUUGAGACAACAGAGGCGAGGAUCCACGUGCGGUUUAUUAACAAGCAUAGUCAGGCAGGCAACAAUCAAGACUUGGGGAAACAGGAACUUGCAGGAAAUCCUGAAUUGUAGUCAAAAGCAGGGCGAAUGUUAAGUACAGACAGCAAAGAAUCAAGUUAAAUCGUAAAACAAGGCAAAGAUCAAAACAAUGGAAGGCAAGACGAGGAUAGCGCUUGCGUGAUGCUCUAAACAUAAACAAAACAGCAACGUUGUUCUUCUAGUUUUAUGACUGAUGCCGCGGUCACGCUAGAGUUUGAACAUGCAAAGUUCUGUCAUACGGCACUGCGAAAAGGGGCGGGAUUAAAGAAGAGGAUUAGACAUUUAAAAAAGUGAACGAUUGGUCCAUAUUUUAAAUUUCUGUACAGAGAGGUCAUGUUUUGAUCUUUGAUUGGUCUCACACAACCACAUGAUGCGAUAUUGCAGGUCAGAGUUCACCAAGGUUGAACUUUCUAAAUCAGCCAACUGCAAAACUUGUCGCACGAGCUUGCAUUUCCAGUCUGUCACAUUAGCGUGCUUAUGGAAUGGAAGUCUAUAGGGAGAGAAGUGCAGCGUAACCCCGGCAUAAUAGUGCAUUACAGCCUUCUAUCUUUCAAAUGGACCAGACACUCCUGAUUCCUGAUUGACCUACAUACCCACAGACAAUCACUCUUGGUUAAACCAGUAACUGGUUCAGAGACUUCAUUGAGUUUCCUCCUUCCACCCUUAGUACUCUUGGUGAGACUCAGCAACAAUGUGUGUGUGCUGUGUUUAUGGUGCAUCUAAUUAGUCCUGAACAGCUUUAACUGUGUGUGUUUGCAAUCAAGGCCAGGUGUGUGAGUGAAGCGCAUGAUGGGAUUUGUAGUGCAGAUGAAUGUGAGUGUUUUCCAGCAAUCUGCAAGAGCAACACUACUGGUGAUCAUAUGCAUAAUAAAUAUACACAAUACACACACACUUAUUAUGUACAUACAACUUUUAUUUUGUACUUGAUUAGUCACGGUUAUUGUUAAACAGCGCUAGUUGAAAUAGCAUAGCAGCUUUGUUCUUGUAUAUAUAUGUGUGUGUGUGUGGUGGUGGAGGUACUAGAAUGACCAGAUGCAUAGCUACACGUUGAAUGCACUGAUAUUUACAUAUGAAUGAAUGCGUGUGUGUGUGUGUACGGUACGUGUGCGGUGGCUGUCAAUGUUCUGUCAGUGCCAAGUUUGUGUAACUCAUCAAGCCAUGUGUUUGUGGAUUUAAAAGUGAGUGUUGUGCUAAAUAUGUUUUUAGUGUGUUUAUGAAGUGCCCUAUUCAGCCAACAGCUGUUAAUGCUACUCUAUAUGCUAAAUCACUGUGCAUCUGUUCUUUAAAAACAAUGUAAUGUUUGAAAAGUGUCAAAUCUGUUGUAUAUACAUGUGGAAUUUAUACGGUUAUCAUUUGAUGAUGCUAGUUGAACAGCAUAUUUGUUGAAUUUGGGUUGACUUUUUGCUUUGAGAGGUGUUGUCCGUGCCUUCUGAACAAACCCUAAUGAAGUACUUGUGUAACGUUUCAAAUGGAAUGGCCAGUAAACAAGCUUUUACAACAGAACUAUAGUUUUGUACACACACAUAUCAGACUAAAGUAUUUUCUAAACUUUGUAAUAGAUUUUUUUAUUCACUGUUUGUUAACUACUUGUAUCUUACACUUUUAAUAAAAGGUUUGUAUAUAAAUAUGAA